CUUGGAAGCUCAAAAAAUCAAGUUGGAAAAGCAUGAUGCACAUCGUGUUGUUGCCUUGUACACAAAGAAUCGUGCAUGAAUAAGUAACUAUACGAUAUUUAUCUCCAGACGUGUUGAAAACAUUCGUUAGUGGUGAUCACACACUUAUCUUUGGAUGAGAAAGAACCACUAAGCUAGAUGCCAGCAGCAUGCAGUGAAAUUGUUGGAGACAUCGAGGAUCUCAUUUCAUCUCAAGAUAUAACUCCAAAAGAGCGUUACAGCAAUAAGAAUUCAGUCACAGUUCGGGCAAGAAGGAAACAAAAUGGAGAAGCCAAACGAGCAGAAGCAGAAGAAUAUUCUGCCCCUGCCAGCAUCAUCCCGGGAACACAGACUAUAUAUAUCAAAACCUGGGGCUGUGCCCACAACAGCUCAGACAGUGAAUACAUGGCAGGACUCCUGGCAUCUUACGGAUAUCGUCUGACAGACAACAAACUGGACGCAGAUCUCUGGCUGCUCAAUAGCUGCACUGUUAAGAAUCCCGCAGAGGACCAUUUCAGGAAUGAGGUGGAAGCAGGGCGGAAAAGGGGGAAGGCCAUAGUUGUCGCCGGCUGCGUUCCUCAGGGUGCACCAAGAACUGACUUUUUGCAGAAAUUGAGCGUAGUUGGAGUGCAGCAGAUUGAUCGAGUUGUUGAGGUGGUUGAAGAGACCCUUAAAGGUCAUACUGUGAGACUAUUUGGGCAGAAAAAGGAAGGCGGUAGAAAGACUGGAGGGGCAUCGUUACUGCUGCCCAAAGUUCGUAAGAAUCCUCUCAUUGAAAUUAUUCCAGUCAACACUGGUUGCCUGAACCAGUGUACGUACUGCAAAACAAAGCAUGCUAGAGGUGACCUUGGGAGCUAUCCUCCAGAUGAAAUUGUUUCUCGAGCAAAACAGUCAUUUGAGGAAGGAGUGUGUGAGCUGUGGCUGACGUCUGAAGACACCGGGACAUAUGGCCGAGACAUUGGUACCAGUCUACCAGAGCUUCUGUGGAAGCUGGUGGACGUCAUCCCUGAUGGCUGCAUGAUGCGAGUUGGCAUGACUAACCCACCAUAUAUUCUGGAGCACUUAGAGGAAAUGGCGAAGAUACUUUCACAUCCGAGAGUCUAUAGUUUCCUUCAUAUCCCAGUGCAGUCUGGAAGUGAUGCGGUGCUUGGAGACAUGAAAAGGGAAUACAGCCGAGCGGAUUUCCAGAGAGUUGUUGAUUACUUGCGUGGAAGUGUUCCUGGGGUCACCAUCGCUACAGAUAUUAUUUGUGGGUUUCCAACAGAAACAGAAGAAGAUUUUGAAGAUACCAUGAGUCUUUGUGAGCAUUACAAAUUUCCAAGUUUAUUCAUUAACCAGUUUUAUCCACGGCCAGGCACGCUUGCUGCACGGAUGCCCAGGCUUCCAGCCCAAGAGGUGAAGAAGAGGACAAAGCAAUUAUCAGAGUUUUUUCAGUCUUACCAUCCUUACAGUCAUAAACUUGGAGAGGUGCAGGAUGUGUUAGUGACCGAAGUAUCACAUGAUGGGAAACAUUACGUUGGUCAUAACAAAUUUUAUGAACAGGUGCUGCUGCCGAAACGUGCAGAGCUGUUGGGGAAAAUGGUGACUGUAAAAAUUGUAUCCACCAGUAAGCAUUCUAUGAAUGGUGAGCCAGUUCUAAAGGACUCACCAUGGUCAUCUCCUGGUCUUACCACUCCACCGUCUCUGGCUGAGACAUCUGGAACUCACAGAAUUCGGAUUGAAACUGCCCCUUCAUCUCAUCGUCUGAUUCCCUACACCCUCCUUAUGCUGCUUCUAGCCAUUCUGACAAGAUUAGUGUGGUUAAUAUUGUGACAUCUUUCAUUUGUUAUACUGUGAUCAUGACUUGAGCUAUGUAAAUACUUAGAUAUGGUGUUUUGAAAUGGAAAGCUACUGUAUAUAAAGUAUUUUAAAUAUUUUCUCUGAGUAUUUAAAACAGAAUAUGUUUCAGUGGUGUGUAAAUGAGAUCAUUUAAUUGAAGUUCCCAUGGCAUUGAAUUCAUUCAGCAUCCAGAUAAUAUUCCUUGAUUUGAAUUUGAAUUUCAGCAAUCACAAAAUCUCAAUAUUAAAUUUCCUGCAUUUAAGAUGUUCCUCAGUUUAGUGUUCAAAUCCAUUCCUCCGCAAACUUCCUCUGAAACUUUCUAUCAGACUAUGCACAGUUGCAUCACAGAAGACCGAUUUUCAUGUUCACCACUGUGAGUCCCUCAGUCUCGCAGUAUGAUGUACUUCAUAGCAAGAAGCCCAGGUCAGGCAGUCUGGGAUGUGUGGUGGACAGUGGCACUCUGAUUUUCCCUGCCAAUUCUUAUUCCACAAACUGCUCUACACUGAUCAUCACAAUAUAUCACCUGCCACUGGUAUAAGAGACUAAAUAGGGGCCUAGUGUCAAUUAGUUUAACAAUUAACAACUUAGCCAGUGAAGCAGAAGACAGCAGUUUACUUGUCCAAUAAUUUUAACAUAUGAUGACCACACUGGGCGAAACAUGUAGUGAGAACAUUUUGUUGAAGUGAAUAUCUCUUAUAGAUUUUAUAGAACAUUACUGUUGCAUGUGAGGCUGUAAAAAACUAAUUGACACUAAGUGAAAAGUGUAACAGGAUGCUACAAUAUUAAAUAGUGGCCAACAUACCAAGCAGACUCUGUCUUGCCUCACCCCACGAACCUUAAAACUAAAGGCUGUAACAGGAAUGAGGUAUGAACCAGGAAGAGUGUGUGGUUACAUCAGACAAGUGACUUAUGAUAUCGCAAUUCCCAAAGGCCCUUUAUUCAAAAUAAAUUUUACAUUACAAUACUGUUCUGUGUAUACAACAAACUAAAUUCAACUUGGACAAAAAUUACAUUUUGUCCAUCACUGGAAAUACUAUAGUGUACAUAUGGGCUUACAAAAUGAUGAAGUACUUACCCACAUUUGCAAUGCAUGCUAAGGUAAUGGACACUAGCAUUUUAAUUCUGUGAACAACUGAAUGACAGCCACUUGUACCGUUAUCAUAACCUAUACAACGAUUUUAUGUAACACAGUACACAUUGAUGCAAAUAUAUCAUACAACAUCUGUUUCUGUCUUUAAUUUUCAGUGAAGAAUAUGUAAUUUGAUUAUUUUAGCUGCUUAUGAAUCCAAAUUAUUUUUUUAGACAAUUAUUUUUAAUCGCCAUUAAAUUAAACUAAUUUUAAAAAAUCAUACAAAAUUGUGCCGACAUGAAAGUUACGGAUGCUAAGGGAUACAUAUGUAUCCCAUUAUGUUUUAUGUUCACUUAUGAUCCAGAAUGUUAAUGACUUCAUAUUCCUAAGUGAACACAAUUUUCAAAGCGCAAUAAAAAUGACUGACAAAACUUUCCCAGACUUUAAUGCACAAUGCAGUAGGUACACACUACAAUAAAACCCCCUGUUCAGGUUUCUUUGGCAA